AUGAAAAAAGACAGAGUUUGGAAGUUAGACCCCUUUCUAAGACUCUCUUUCAAAAAAGAGGACAUUUUGAAACUUUUAACAGGCACAAUCGUGAGUCAACAAGUGACUCGAAAUGCUCGUAAGAAAAGAGAAUUGAUUUUCAAAAUGGUAGAACUAGAUGACGAAGUUUUCUAUAACCUUGAUGAAGAGGUAGUUUUAGUUUACGACUCCGAUCAAGAGCGAGAAGUCUUUCAUUUCAGAUUGGACUGCUAUAGAAUCUGGACCCAUCGUAGAGACGUUCAAAAGGCUCCUGAUGAUAAGAAUCAUACUUUCGCGGAACUCCAUGGGGCUAUGGGCUUCAACGCGGUAGACGUUUUGUUCCGAAUUUUUCUGGAGCAAACCUCCGACCCAACGAUACAAUGA